AUGGCUUCGUAUGACGAUCCGAAGAUUCCUCCCCUCACGAAACCGCUGGAAGCCUCGGAGCACGAACGUGAAUGUACAGAGGUUACUACCCAGAACGUCCCAUCAGGCGGCAAUGGAAGAGAUUGGAAGGUGAGCGGUCAAACACAGCCGUUCGCGUCUUCCGUAUUGACAUCAAUGGUGAAUUCUGAAGCUAAGGGAGAUGUGACACAUACCUCGCUGGCUCCACCACCCACAGAACCUACCAUCCAGCAGUCAUGGGACGCACUCACGAAAACAAUAGACACUCGAGAUGACGAACUGAUGAAAGGGUACAAGGAAGAUAUAGAUACGUUGUUGGUUUUUGCCGGUUUGUUUUCUGCCAUUGUCACCGCCUUUACGAUUGAAUCUUCGAAACGGUUGGAAGAAGACCUUCAAAAUACCACAGUCGUGCUUCUCAGACAGCUCGCCCACCGGCAGAUGAGCGGCCUAUCCUCACCUCCGCCUGCACCUUUCACUCCCAAUCCCUCAGAUGUUCGCAUCAACACCGUCUGGUUUCUCAGCCUGAUCCUUGCACUCGUGUAUGCCCUGUUCGGGCUACUGUGUAAACAAUGGGUUCGGGAACAUCAACGACAAACGAAUACACGUACCCCAGGUCAGGCUUUAGCUCUUCACUGGCUGCGUAACCAGAGCUUUGCACGGUGGCACGUACCGAAGAUCCUCGCGUCCCUCCCAAUCCUACUCGAAGUCGCACUCUUCCUAUUUUUUGCAGGGUUAUUGGAGCUGUUAUGGAACCGACAUCACGUCCCAUUUGCGAUUGCCCUUGCGGUCGUCGGCUUCGCUGUUAUUUGUUACCUCACAACCACGAUACUUCCCGGUUUGCAUAUCAUUCGACAGGUCUUUCAGACCCACCCUUACUUCACUGAGGACAAUCCAGUGUUUUACCCACGCGACAUUGGCCGUUUACCACCAAUCGACCUCAUUUGUCCCUACAAAUCUCCUCAAUCGUGGCUGAUAUUUCGUCUCUUCCCUGUUGUGUAUCAUUUUCCUGGUUUUAAACCGCUUUUAUACUCUUUACUCAUCAAGUUUAAUGGGUAUUGGGACAAGGACAAGGACAUCGACGAUCUUGAUUAUACCAUAACCAAAAACAUCUUAAAUCUUUCUCACUGGCCAUCGCUCGAUCUACACAUUAUCCAACGGUUCUCAAGUAUGGAAAGAUGUCCGGAUUUAUACGAGCUGAAAGGGUUUCGCUGGCUGGUCCAGGAGACUCGCGAUAUUCCAUCGAUGAUACCCCAUCUAAAGAAUGUAUUGGGCGAGUUACCUCUACACCUAGUCAUGCCCGCGAUCUUCGAUAAAUGGGAAUCACCCGCCGGUAAAUCCACAUGGAGCAUUGGUGAUCUAAACUCUGCAUUGGAAUCUCCUCCGACGCGAGGCAGUAAAAACAAUUUAUUCGACGAUCAGACAUCGCCGGAUGACUUGUCUCUUUCAUCCCAGAUCCUAUGCUUUCGACACCUCCUGGAAACCCAUGACCAUUAUUGGUUAGCAGAAGCAGCAGAGAGGAUCUGGGAUCGUAUACUCAAUGACCGUAAAUCCCUUAACGACCGAAUCCAGUAA